AUGCAGGCAUCACGCUCGCCUUCACCAACCCUCAAGCCCGAGCCACUAACCGGGAAUAGCAGAUUAUCAGGAGCGACGUCGACUACGGGUACAUCGCUGAGCGACGAGGAGCGGGAAGAACGGGCUGCUGAGAAUACGGAUGACUUGAGGCCUGCAGAAGGCCCUGGCUCCCGCCCACCUGCUCCCGAAAAAUUCGCGCAUACUAUUUUCGACCCCAAGAUCGCUCACUUAAGAAAGCUUUACAUGAAGAUCAUCUUAGCCACACUCGCCUUGACCGUCACCAUCAUGUGGAUAUGCCUUCCAGUCUAUUGGGGAUCUCUGGCUCGUUCGAAUACACAUGCGCCAUCUCUCAAGACGUGGGUCGUAGACCGUGACGGAGGAGAGGUCGGACGAACCGUCGUUCAGGGACUUCUGGCCACUACACAAAGCGGGACGAAGCAACAUCUUGGAUGGAUUGAGGUGCCCGGAGAUCAUGUGGAUAACGUCGGGGAGGCAAUCGUCGAUGAGCAAGCUUGGGGGGCUGUUGUCAUAAACCCUGGAGCAUCAGCCGCUCUGGCGACCGCGCGCGCAGUUGGAAACUUGACUUAUAAUCCAAUGACCGCGAUCACAUUCUACUACGCGCAAGCGCGGAACGAGCAGGCUACCGGAACUUAUGUCAACCCGCUGACAACUCAGGCACUUACUCAGAUUCUACAACAAUAUAACGCCCAGUCAGCUUCUUCAUACCUUGCUUCUGUCUCCGGUAACGCCACAGCUCUACAAGCCGUGACUUCGGCCCCGUUAACCCUGACUUCGGGUAUAUGGUGGACAACCGAGAAUUUGCGUCCAUUCAAUGCUCCGGUAGCCACCGCCUUGACGAUGGUAGGACAAAUCUACUUGUGUAUCUUCGCUUUCACUUUGACGAUGAGCAACGACGCUGCUCGUGGGAUCCUUGGCCCAUUCCUCCGUCUCCGAUCGUACCUGAUUUUACGUAUCGCUGUCCCCCUUAUCGUUUACUUCCCGCUCUCAUUCUCUUUCGCUAUGGUUUCGCUCCCCUUCCGUGCUCCUUUCGGCGCCAAGUAUACAUAUGGAGGUGGAUUCUUCUUAUACUUCGCGUACACCUACAUGGGCAUGGCCGCACUUGGAUUAGCGACUGAAGCCAUGGUCACCAUUUUGACGCCUCGCGUUACGGCUCUACCAUUCGAUCUUCAGCCCUCGUUCUACCAGUACGGGCAUGCCUUCCCUGUAUUCAACAACUCCCAAGCCGUUCGGACCAUCCUGUUUAACACCAAGAACCACCUGGGCCUUAACGCCGGCGUGCUUCUUGGUUGGAUCGCGCUGAGCUGCAUUACUAUCCCGCUAUUCACUACUUUUAUGCGGAGGAAAGACGUGAGCGAGCAUAAGAAGCAGGUUGAGGAGAAGGCAAACAAUGAGAAGCGGGUGUAG